AUGACUCAGUCACUAACGAAAAAACACACUCACCGUAUCAACCUUACCAAAGAAAACACUUCAAAACAUCCAUUUCCCAAAAUAGUCACAAUAACAUACACAGACAAAGACGCUACUGACUCCUCCAGCGACGAAGAAGAAUCUUCAAAACGUAACCGAACAAAAAAGUUUGUUAACGAGAUUAUCAUAGAGCCAUGCGGUGGCCGCGGUAGCGGCCACGGUGCCGUUGUUCCGAGGAAGAGAAACAGAACUUCCACCGGUGGAAAAACAAGAGCUCCGGCGACUCCGCGAGUUACCUCCGGGCAGAAAUACAGAGGAGUUAGGCAGCGGCCGUGGGGAAAAUGGGCGGCGGAGAUAAGAGACCCGUCGCGUGGCGUGCGCGUGUGGCUUGGCACGUUUCAAACUGCUGAAGAAGCUGCUAUUGUGUACGACAACGCGGCUAUUAAGCUGCGUGUUACCGUUACCGUUCUACAGUGUUGUUCAUCUUCUGAAGAAGUAGCUGAAUCCCUUACAACCGAUAAAGAAUCUGAAUCACUGUUUUCAAUUCCGAGUGAUAUACUAUUUGAUUUCCAAGGCUCUUCACCGGCCAACGAUGACUUUAACAGCUUCAACACCUUGCCGGAGAACAUGUUCUACGGCGAUAUCGAUUCUUCGGAGCAUUUCAAUUUCGAUUUCGAUUUCGGUUUUGAAACUUUGCAUAUGCAUAAGGAUGAAGAUUUUUUCCAGGAUAUUGACGAUUUAUUUGCUUCUGAUGCUCUUGUUGCUCUUUAA